AUUUAAUAGUUUCUGUCCUUAUAUAGGGCUUUUGCUUACAUUAAGUUUCGACCUUCUUUCAUAAUGUCCGACUAUGAGGAUGACGUUACUGAAAGAGUUAAAUCACAAGUCACACUCCGAAAGGGUAGAGGAUUUCAAAAUAAACGGGAUCAGGAUUUAGGGUCCUUUGAGUCUAUAGAAAGUAAAAACGAAAAAAAUGUGGGCAUUGAGCAGAGAUCUGUAGAGGGGUGGAUCUUGAUAAUUACUGGUUUACACGAGGAAGUUGCUGAAGAUCAUAUUUACAACAAAUUUGGCGAUUAUGGGGAAAUUAAGAAUUUGCACCUAAACGUAGAUAGGCGAACCGGGUUCGUAAAGGGCUACGCUUUGAUUGAAUAUGAGACCCAUUCGGAAGCGAGGGCGGCCCUUGAACGCUUGAAUAAUCAAGAUCUUUUGGGUUGUAAAAUGAGUGUGGAUUGGGCUUUUGUCAAACCACCUUAUCUUACUGAGGAGAGAGGACGGCGACAUUCUAGCCGCCGCAGCGAUAGAAGCGGUCGAAGGCGUGGAAGAAGUCCCUCCGACUACUAAAUAGUAUGAAUCCAUCGCCUUUUCCAUUAUACUCACAUUGUUGAUGACAUGAGUCUACAGUCCGAUGAAUUUCUUAAAAUCA